AUGAAAAUAAAAUAUUUAAAAAAUAUUUUUAUUUUUGUUUAUUUUAAUGUUUAUUUUGUUUAUUCUAUUGGAAUUAAUCAUUUAAAUAGAAUGGCCAUUCAACAUAAUAAUGGUCAUUUAGGGGGGAAUAUUCAUUCCUCAACACAAACACAUUUAAAUAAUCAUUUCCCAACAACAACAUUAUCCCAAACAAAUUCUUUAAAUAAUAAUUUUAAUUUACCUUCUCCAACAAUUUCCCCAUUUUCUACAAUAAACCCUUUAUCAGAAGAACAAAAUAAACAAAUUCAACAUUCAUCUCCAAGUCAAACUAGUACUUUGAGAAAUUCUUUAAAUCAAAUACCUUCUACGCCUUUAAUAAGUCAAAGUAGUAGUACUUUUCCACAAACAAAUAAUUUCCAACCUCUUUUCACUCCUACUCCUCAAAUAACUAAAUUUACCAAACAAAAUGUAGAUGAACAAUUUGGACAAAUACCUACUCCACAAACGCCUACUAUUGGAGGAAAUUUACAAAAGACUCCAACAAAUCCUCAAUUUGUUGAACAAGUAGUUCAGAAAGAUCAUUCAACUCUGGCACCACAUCAACUACAAACACAUUCAACCAUCCCUCUUAGAUCAACUGAGUUCCACCAACACCAUCAACAGCAACAAUUUAAAAAUCCUUCAAUAACUACCCCAACUCAUUCUCAGCAUACUUCAACAGUAACCCCUUCGCAACAUCCAUCAUGGCCAAAAAAUGAAGAAACUGUACAAAAUUCACAAAAUACCCAAGUAGUCUCACCACACACUUCAUCUCUUCCAAUAAAUUUACAACAGCAAAAUAUUAAUGGCCAAACUACUCCACUGCAAAAAUCUUUUUUAAAUGAAGGAGAAUCAACAAAAUCAUUUCCAAAUCAUCAAAACAUUCCUUCAAAUACCCAACAAAAUAAUUUAAAUACAAAUUUACCAAUCUUAAAUAAUCAAAAAUUAAUUAAUUCAUCACCUUUUUCUCAAAAUCAAAAUGUCCAUUUAGCUAAUACAGUUAUUCCGUCUCAAUUAAAUUCUCCUCAAAAUUUACAUCAAUCAACAAAUCCUUUAUUAAAUACAAACAAAUCACCAACAUUUUCUAGUAAUCAAUUACCCCCAAUACAACCUCAAAAUAAUUCUCCAGAAAUAAACUUUAAUCUACCAAAUUCACAUAAAUUAAAUUCUCAAGAAUUAAUUAGCUCCCCUUCAACAUCCAAAAAUAAUUCAUUAAAUAAACAAAAUUUAAACCAAAAUUUGCCAAAACCAUUGUUUAAUGGAAGAGAAUCAACAUUAAAUACUAACCAUUUAACAACCUCAACACACCCACAUUCUCAAAAUAAUUCCCAAAAUACUUCCUCAAUUAAUUCCCCAAGAAAAAAUAAAUUAGAAACAAAUUCCCAAACAUUAAAUUCUCAACCAACAUCUCAAAUAAAUUCUAAUAUAAACACAACAACACUCCUUUCUACUUUAUCUUCAAAUAAUUCUUUAAAUUCACAAAAUCAUUCAAGUAAACAAACAGAAAAACAAAAUAUUAUCCCUACACCUACUAGUUUAUUUUCAAAUCAAACAAAAAAUCAGAAUUUACAAAAUAAUAAAAUAAAUGAAUCAAAUGAAGAAAAUCAGUCUAGUACUAUUAAUAAUUUCAGAAAUUUAAAUAAUUCAAAAGAAAAGAAUCACAAAAAUACUACACAAAUAAAUAAUGAAACUUCUUCAAAACAAAAUUUAUCAGCAAAAGAAAAAAGUGAAUUAAAUAAAAAUAAAUUAUUUGGAAAUAAUAAUGAGACAUCAACUACAAGAACUGAAAAUUUAAAUACGAAUACAAAUAAGUUGAAAGAAAAUACUUCAAAUAUUGACAAAAAUGAAUUUAAUAAAUUUGGAAAAAUUGAAAAUAAAAAUAAAAUAACAAAUAAUAAUUUAAUUUUAAAUACAACAACAACAGCCUUACCAACAACAACAUUACCACAAAAAAUAACAACAACAACACAAGACCCAAUAAUUCGUAAAGAAUUAGAAAAAGUUGGGGCGCCUGAAAUAUUAAAACAAAUGGUCCCUCCAAAGCUAGAACCUGUUAAAUUACCUGAAAUUGCUAAAAAGAAUAUUGAAUCAAUUUGUGCAAACAGAAAAUGUUUAGGACAAAAACAAGAAUUUAAGGAGCAACGGGCAGUUGUUGUAAAACAAGAACAGGCUGUUGAGUUGAAAUUAAAGUAA